UUUUACAUAUUUUCAUUGUUUUAUAGUUUUAUAUUUAUGUUUGAGAUACUGUGGAAAUGGAAGGUGUUCAAGAAACAUUGUGUAGAUUUUGCCUUAAAACUAUAACCGAUGGACAUUUCAAAGUGAUAGACAACGAUAUUGAAGAUAUUCAAAGUUUUCUUUUGCUGAAACUGAAAUUAGAUGGUGAAAGCGUGGAGGUUAUAUGCCUUGCUUGCAAAAGAAAAUUAUAUGCAGCAUUGAAAUUCAAGACAACAUGUCUGGACACCGAUUACACAAUUAUUCCAUAUUUGGAUUGCAAGAAAGUGCUGCAGCUUGACAUAAGUCGGGAAAUAUGUCGAUUGUGUAUGCACCCAGUAGAAAAUGAGUUUAGGUGCAUACGUGAAGAGGAGCUCGAAGCUAUUCAGAAAUUGAUUCCUGAGAUGAAUAUAAAUAUCAUCAAAGAUCCUGUUGUAUGUAAGGAAUGUUUUGAUUCUCUGUGCACCCACAACAGUUUUCUAAGAGAAGUAGAAGAAAAAAGUGAAGGCAUUUUUUACAGUCAAGCCACAGAAAGCCAAAUAGAUACGACAUCAUCUGAUUUAUGCGUGAAGUCUGAAAACCCCCGAUGAAGAAUUUGAUAUUAACGAGAU